AAAUUGUUAUAAUAACAAUAAGUUUGUCAUUUUUAAAUGAGUUUCCAUUUUUUUUGUUGGGAAAAGGAUACUUUUUGCAAUGUUUUAAGAUAUAAAAUAUUAUAUAAAAUUUAAUACCUCUAAGAAAUAAGUUACAAAGAACAUUUCAAAUGUAAUUGCAGCUGAACGAUCUAAUGCUUCAAAACAUAAAAACAGUGUUUGUUGGUUGGAAAAUAAUCUUUCAAAGUUAUUUGAUAUAUCAACAUGCAGAUGUGAACUUCCUCUUUUAAAUUGUGAUGACAGGUUUGAAGUUACAUUUUCAAAAAGCCACAAUAUUAAACAAUAUGUUUGUUCAAACAAAUUUGUGACUAAACUGUCAAGAAAUUUUAAAGUUGUAAUUUCUUCUCAAAUUAUGGGAUUAUAUUUUAUUUUACAUAUUACUCUUUAGAAAUGUUCGAUGCAAGGGUUGCUCUAACAAGCACUAUGUAUGUCUCUGUUAAGACAGCAAACAGGUUCCAGUUCUAGAACGAGAGUAUUUAAAGGAUCAGAAAGCUAAGAAAGGGCCCUUUGGAACCUGGCAGAUAGGCCAAAUUGAUAAGAAAGAGACAGCGAAGAUCAAAAGAAAAAGAAGUAGCGAGAAAAUUAAUUUAACAAGUGACACGGCACUUUAUUCAGAUAAUGAUUGUAUCAGUGAAACUUAUGAUGUGGAAAUAGAUAACAAUGAUGAUUAUAAAAAUCAGAAUCAUGAGUUUUUUGCAAAACCACUGUGUAAAAAAAUUUACACAGAUUUAAAUAACAUUGCCAAAGCUGCUAUCAGAUUCGAAGUUAGUGACGCUGCAACAUCUGCCAUAGCAACUGCUACCUUGAUAAACUAUCAAAUUAUAACUCAGAAUGACAGAUCACAAAUUAUCACUGAAAAAAAGAUAUUUGACACUAAAAAGCGUGUUACAACCAUGAUUAGUGAAAAACACAGUUUAGAAGUUUUUCAUUUGAAAGUCAUUGGAGUAGAUAGUAAAAAAGACAAAAAAACAGCACAUAUAUUAGGAUAUGAUCAUUAUGCAGAACCUAUUGUUAAUAGAACAGUAAAGGAUGAACAUCACUUAACUUUUACUGCAGAAAGUGGACCUUUUUCUAAGAAAUAUUUAACUCAUAUUGAAAUAAAAAAUGGAACAGGAAUUACAAUAGCAACCGAGACACUAAAAAUACUCGAAAAAUACAACAGCAUUAGUAGUUUAGAAUCCAUUGUUCUUGAUAAUACUACUACUAAUACUGGUGCAGAUAAUGGCUUAGUUGUGACAUUAGAAAGGCUUUUAAAUUGUCGAAUCCAUUUAAUAGGAUGUGUACUUCACCAAAAUGAGUUACCACUUCGACAUGUCAUUUCUGAAGUAGAUGGUAAAAGUAACGAUCCAAAGAAAUAUAAGGGCCCUAUUAGUCAAAAAGCUUCUGCAGGUGAUUUGCAUAAUUAACCAAUAGUUUUUUUUGUUCCAAUUCAUUCAGUGAUUGAUUCCUACGUAAACUUUAAUAUUUUAUCUGAUCAUAGUACAGAUCAACGAAAACUUUAUGAAUACUGCAUUGGAAUCGAAGCUAAAUUAAUUAUGCCUAUUAACUUUAACGCUGAUACAUGGAGUAGUUUAGUUGAUGUUUCUUUAAUUGAGGUUGAACCUCCAACUUGUAUCAUAAUUUCAUCAUUUGAAUUAGAGAAUGCUUUGCAAACUUCUGAAAAACCUAUUCUUACAGAUUUACCUAACAGUUUCCAGUCAGUAGAAAGGUCCGUGAAGCUUGUAUCAGAGGCAUCAAAGAUAGUUUAUGGUCAAGUAAAGAGACAAUUUUAUUCUAACUAAAAACCAAAGCAGAGUAGAAAAUAAAUGGAAUUCAUCUAAAACUGAUUACUUUAUUCUUUUUUCUUGAGAAAAUGUUUUUUUUUUUAAUUUAAUUUGGUUCACAUACCUAAGUCGGAGGGUAUACUUGACCUGACUACUGUCAAGAAUUAUUUUUUUUAAAUGGCAAAUCUCCCUUCAACCCUUAACUUCGAAAUCACCCUUGUGCAGAAAAACAUGUUGAACAGAGUAAUUUCAGAAAUAAUUGGGGACCAAGGAAGCCAGAACCAAAAUUAAAAAAAAAAAAAAAAAAAUUUUAAAUGGGGGAAGGGGGGUAACACUCUCGCUCCUCCGCCCCCUGUUCUUAUACCAGUGUUUAACAUUAUGUAGCAAAUAUUCUUUCUAUAAUAUUCAAAUAUUCUAAUGGGAAGAAUAUUUAUAUCAAAGUUUGUACUAAAGUAUAUUAAAUAUUAAGAAUGCCAUAAAAAUGAAUAAUUCAUUGAAAUCAAGAAAAUACUUACAAACUUCAAAACCAUUUCCCAAAAUUAUCCUUAAUCCAAUCAGUCUGAAAUUUUCAGGAUUGUCUUAAAAUCAUAUGUACAAUAAAUCCCAAAGUGAGCCAAUAUGAUCUGAGAAAAAAAGUAUAUUUUGGUAGUAGCUUAGUGCUUAUCUUCUAAAAUCUACACAGAAAUUAUAUUAAAUUUAUAAGAACAGAAUGUUUAAAAUAUAAUACAAUUUAAACACUCUGUUCUUAUACAUAAACAGUAUAUAAUAAG